CAGCCACGCGCACAACGGCUUGCUCGCUCCACGGAUCUUUUCAACACGCCCAGCUUGGCGAUGCUUUUACCUGGUAGAGGGUGGAAAAGAUCUCCCUCCCGCUCCCAAUGACAGUAUUUUCUCAGAAUGGUCCAGAAAUCCCGCAACGGCGGGGUUUACCCCGGUCCAGCUGUGGAGAAGAAGCUGAAAGUCGGCUUUGUCGGGCUCGAGGCUGGGGCUACGGACUCCAACAGAGAUGGGGCGCUGCUCAUAGCAGGUGCUGAGGAAACAAAGCGCGACAGCAUCCUCAGCAAACAGAGGACCAGCGUCUCUGGCAAGAAACCGCCAAAGAGAAAUGCCUUCUACAGAAGACUGCAGAAUUUUCUAUACAAUGUUUUGGAGAGACCAAGAGGAUGGGCAUUUAUUUACCACGCAUAUGUAUUUCUGCUUGUCUUCUCCUGCCUCGUUCUCUCUGUCUUCUCCACCAUCAAGGAGUAUGAAAAGAGCUCGGAAGAUGCCUUGUACAUACUGGAAAUCGUGACCAUCGUCGUGUUUGGCGUGGAGUACAUCGUCAGGAUCUGGGCCGCAGGAUGUUGCUGCAGGUACAGAGGAUGGCGAGGGCGUCUGAAGUUCGCCCGCAAACCGUUCUGCGUGAUCGACGUCAUGGUGCUGAUCGCGUCCAUCUCGGUGCUGGCGGCUGGAACCCAGGGGAACGUGUUCGCCACGUCGGCCAUCAGGAGUCUGAGGUUCCUGCAGAUCCUGCGCAUGAUCCGCAUGGACCGCCGCGGAGGCACCUGGAAGCUGCUGGGCUCCGUCGUGUACGCCCACAGCAAGGAGCUGAUCACAGCCUGGUACAUUGGCUUCCUGUGCCUGAUCCUGGCCUCCUUCCUGGUUUACCUGGCGGAGAAGGAGGAGAACGAGCAGUUUGAGACCUACGCCGACGCUCUGUGGUGGGGUCUGAUCACCUUGACAACGAUCGGCUACGGAGACAAGUUCCCAAUCACAUGGAACGGACGUCUCUUGGCCGCAACGUUCACCCUGAUAGGAGUAUCCUUCUUCGCUCUUCCGGCUGGUAUAUUGGGCUCUGGGUUUGCCCUGAAGGUCCAGGAGCAACACAGACAGAAGCACUUUGAGAAGAGACGCAACCCCGCCGCAGGGCUCAUCCAGGCCGCGUGGAGGUUUUAUGCCACCAAUCUGAGCCGCACGGAUCUGCAGUCCACGUGGGACUAUUACGAGCGGACGGUCUCCGUGCCGAUGUACAGACUCAUCCCUCCCCUGAACCAGCUGGACCUCCUCCGAAAUCUGAAGAGCAAGUCAGGACUGUCAUUCAGGAAGGAUGCCCAGCAACCUGAACCAUCUCCAAGUCAGAAGGUCAGCCUGAAGGAGCGCGUGUUCUCCAGUCCCCGGAGCUCCGUGACCAAAGGGAAAGGUUCCCCCCAGGGCCCCAGCCAGGGAGGGCCGGGACAGGGAGGCCAAGCGGGGCCAGGGGGCCAGGGUGGGCAGGGCCAGCCCAUACGGCGCUCCCCCAGCGCUGACAAUAGCAUCGAGGACAGCCCUAGCAAGGUGCACAAGAGCUGGAGCUUUGGAGAACGCAGCCGAGCUCGCCAGGCCUUCCGCAUCAAGGGGGCCGCCUCACGGCAGAACUCUGAAGUGCUGAUUGAGAUGCAGGAUGAAGAAUUCAGACAGAAGAGCUCACCAGACGCCAGCCUCCCAGGAGAAGACAUAGUGGACGACAAUAAGAGCUGCCACUGUGAGUUUGUCCCUGGGGACAUAACCCCAGGACUCAAGGCCACCAUCAGAGCUGUGUGCAUCAUGAGGUUCAUGGUGUCCAAGCGGAAGUUCAAGGAGAGCCUGCGGCCCUACGACGUCAUGGACGUCAUCGAGCAGUACUCCGCUGGACACUUGGACAUGCUGGCCCGCAUUAAAAACCUCCAAUCCAGAGUUGACCAGAUUGUAGGUCGAGGAACACCGAUGACCGAUAAGGAUCGUCCCAAAGGAACCACGGAGGAGCUUCCGGAAGACCCGAGCAUGAUGGGACGUCUGGGGAAAGUGGAGAAACAGGUGAUGUCCAUGGAGAGGAAACUUGACUUCUUGGUGAACAUCUAUGUGCAGCGCAUGGGUAUCCCCCAGUCAGAAACGGACGCCUACUUUGGGUCUAAAGAACCGGACCCGGCCCCUCCCUACCACAGCCCUGUGGACCACAUAGUGAAGAGUAGCUCCAUCACCAAGAUCCUCCGUUCCAGCAGCACCACUGGCCAGAAGAUCUUCAACCUCCCUCCGGCCUGCUCUGGCCCUGAGGGGGGCCACGCUCACUGCCCCCCCUCCACCUCCUGGCACCAGCACCAGCGUAGCCAAGGAAACACCCCCUCCCCCGUGGGAGACCCCUCCCUGGUCCGCAUCCCCCCGCCGCCCGCCCACGAACGCUCCUCAGGAGGCCACAACGGGGGCCACCGCGGAGCCCGUCGUAACAGCGGAGGCGGCAGCGGCGGCGGCGGCGGCGGCGGCGAGGGGGACAAGGAGGGGAAGCAGGACAGCGACACGUCCAUCUCCAUCCCGUCGGUGGACCAUGAGGAGCUGGAGCGCUCCUUCAGCGGCUUCAGCAUCUCCCAGUCCAAGGACAACCUGGACUUCCUCAACAACGGCUACUUCAGCAACGUGACGGUGGCCCGCUGCGCCAAGGUGCGUCCCUACAUCGCCGAGGGCGAGUCCGACACCGACUCGGAGCUCUGCGCUGCCUCGCCCCACUCUGCCAACGGGGAGGGGGCCUACGGGGACCGGGGCUGGUCAGGUCCCAAGUGAGUGUCCCCAGCAAACUGGGGGGCGAGGAUUGUCCGAAGCAAGGGUUUACUCUGUUAUAGAGGUGAGGACU